AAAUUUUAGUGUGAUACUGUUUCGCUCUGUGUAAACUGAUUUGACUUACAGUGAUAACCAUGGCAGAAAUCAAUGUGAAUGCGAAAGCUUACUGUAAAUUGCUACUUCAUGUGGCAAAAUAUCCACAUACAGCUGUAAAUGGCGUUUUAGUUGCACCUAGACAGAGAGAGGGAGAUCCCAAGACAAUAAAUAUCGUCGAUUGUUUUCCAUUUUUCCAUACACCAUUGAGUUUAGCUCCAAUGUUGGAGGUGGCACUUUCUCAGGUUGAUGCAUAUUGCAAAGAACAAGGAUUGGCAAUGUGUGGAUACUACCAAGCUAAUGAACAUGAGGAUGAUAAUGUACCAAAUGAAGUUGCAAAGAAAAUAGCAGAAAAAAUAGUGGACAGUUAUCCUGGAGGCUGUCUCUUAAUGGUAAAUAACAAGAGGAUAUCUUCAGAGCAAAGAGAUAUUUACACAGUGUAUCAGAAAAAAGAUACAAACUGGAAACAGCAGGAUAUCAACAGGUGCAAUAUAGAUGAAGCUGGCCUUGAAGCUGCUCGAGCGCUGUUGGAACAGAGAAGUUAUAGACAACUUAUGGACUGGGACAAUCACCUGGACGAUAUAAUAAAUGACUGGAAAAAUCCUAUUAUCAAUGAACAGAUCUCAGCUAUGUAAUAAGUGCUGGAUCAUUAAUGGAUACAGUGUUGUCAAUUGUCAAUUGUUCUCUAUUUUUGUCAUCUUAAACUUUCUACUCAUGAUCAUCACAAGUUAUAGCUGGAUAUACCUCAAUAUGAGCCAUUACAAAAUAAAUUGGGUUUUAACCUCAAUUUUUCUAAAUGUGCACAAUUAUUGCAUAUACUCGUACCUUGCUAUAAACUCUCAGUACAAAGAAGAAGCAAAGUUAAUGUAAUACACCAGGUAGUUGUUUCUCUUAUCCAUGUAAAAGUAUGAACAUGUACCUAUGUGUUCAUUUUAAGAUGAAGUGUUUUUUUGGCAGCAAUACCCAUAUUAAGUGAGUGUCAUACAGUCAAAUGUCAUUUUUCAAAAUUCAGGGCAUGCCUAUUAAAUGUUAAUUUGUGUAUAAUUUCUUUUGUAUAAUCAAGAUGUAAAUAAAUGAUCAA